CACCAGUUAUCCAGAUGCCAUAUCGUUGUUAACAACGUUGUUACAGGCUUCGCAUACGAACGCCUUGUUAGCCACAACACAAAAAAGUCUACAACAUACACUGCCGCUGGGCUCAUAUCUACUGAAACCAGUUCAACGCAUUCUCAAGUACCAUUUAUUGCUCGAUAACCUUCGGAAGCAUUGUGAUGUCGUUGAAGUUGUGCAAGCUCACGAAAUUAUGAGAAAUGUAGCUCAACACAUCGAUCAAGUGAAGCGUAAUUUGGAGCAACAAAGUCGUGUACGAGAGUUGUCUGGCAUUUUGGAUGGUUGGCUUGGACCGGAACUCACUGUAUUAGGUGAUUUGGUACUUGAGGGAAUACUCAGUGAAAAUGGAAAACCACGAACGGUACUGCUAUUUGAAAGUAUGCUCAUCAUCACCAAAAAGAAGGAAGAUAAUCGACUUCAAUUUAAAACAUACAUUCAUUGUAAGAGCCUUAUGUUGAUUGAACAUUUGCCGGGUGAUCCAGAGAGUUUUAGUGUGAUUCCAUAUAAUGAUCCGCAUCCGAAUCAAAUUAAAUUGACUGCACGAAAUCGAGAUCAGAAACGUAAAUGGGCCCAGCACAUCAAACAAGUGAUGCUGGCACAUUUUGAUAUUCCAAAACGUGCUAAGGAAUUACUGUUCAAGCUUGGCGAAGAAGAAGAUCGGUCGACCGAUAAAAAUACAUGGAGAUGGAAUAGUAAUUCAACGACACCGGAAUAUUUGGAGCGACGCAAUCAAUAUCGUCGCAGUGAGAUGCGAUAUCGAUCGAAAAAACAACGAAAAACUUUUAAUUCGAGUUUAUCAAUGGUCGAAGAUCAAUUCAAUGAAUCGAUAAACAAUCCAAGCGAUACGAAUGGCAAGACAAAAGUAUUGGAUUCGAUGAUAAAAGAAUUGCAACAACGAAAUUCACUGAUCAAACAAAGUGAUGAUGGUGAAUCAAUAACAAGUGCCACGACUCAUCCGACUGAUUUCGAGUCAAGAACUGAUGAAAACGAUGAUCUAAGCAUCGGCAAUGAAUAUGAAAUUCCGUUCGAUGCAAAUAAAGCACUGCCCAGCAAACCAGCAUCGGCGUUGGACAAAGCGAAAUCAAAAUUGCUUGAGGUUCGUAUUUAUAAUACGAAAACUCUGCCGAAGCGCAUUGCAAAUUUGAAGAAACAACGAUCAAAAACACUAAAGGAAACAUCAAAAUUCUAUAUGGCUUUGCCAGAAGAAAAUACCGAAACGGUGCUAAAAAUCACCGAAACAUCUGAUGAUUUGUCCAUGAACGAUGUACGUGUUAAUCGACGUCGUGCAUCACUCGAUGCAACCGAUACAAUUUCAAAAGCUUUGGACGAUACCAAUCGAAAAUUGUCAAGUGUGUCGUUGUUAACGCCCACCACUCUCAAUCAAAAACUAACGAUGAAUAAAAAUAAACGUGACAUCGACAUUAUUUCCGAAUUGUUAAAAGAUCACAAAGAAUUUGAUCGAAUUUUGAAGAAACCACCAAAGAAGCUGAAUGAAAUGGAAAAAUCAUCGCCGAGCCAUGAGCUUCGAAAUUCAAAAUUCGCAAAAAGUGAAGCAUUCUUCAAAUUGCCAUUGCCACCAAUACCGGUCGAAGCAAACGAAACGAAAUCGAACGAUGCGUUCAUUCAACGUGACCUACCGCCCGAACCGAUCUAUGAAUCAUUAUUGCGAAAUGUUCAUGUUCCAUAUAAGUUUCCGUCUCCAAUAUUGAAUCGAUCAUUAUCACAACCGAGCAGUCGAUUUUUAAAAGUAAAACGACCCACAGAAGCACCACCUAAACGGCCUGAUUCCGAUUAUGUCACAUUGACAUAUGAUGAAAACGGCGAAAUAACCAGCAUUGAUGAUGACAUUCGAUUGCCAAAACAUGGUUCACACUUUCGAAAAAGUGACACAAACAUCAACUAUCAUGUACGAAAAUCGGACGAAAAGGUGCCAUCUGUCGAAUCGUUUAGUUCAUUCGGUGGAAUUGAAGGAUCGAGAUGUAGUACAUCUAGUGAAACCGAUUAUAGUAGCGUGUACGUUACAACAAUUGAAACGACCAAAUCAUCUGAUCUCUUGUCACAACAAAACGGCAACGCCACUGAUGUUCACAAAAGUGUUGAUCAUUUGAAUUUCGGUAAAGCAUCAAAUAAACUACCCGAACGACGUGUGUCCGAUGUAACUGGAAUGCAUCGAAAGAGUAUAAUACAUAAGCAAGGUAGUAAGGCGCUUGGAUCUCGAAUUGCUUCCGUUGAUUAUGCCGAUCCAAAGAUUUUGUUUGCAAAUAACAAUACGUACACAUCAUUUACAAGUAAACCGUUUAUUCAAAGUUUGAUAAAUAUACAACGAGAUUCAGCAUUUUCAUUGACAUCAUCAAAUGACAGUGUGAACAUAGCGGCAAGUCAAGAUACUUUAUCAAAACCAUCGGUUGAUUCGGCACCGGUUACGGUGAUUUAUACAAAUCAAAUUAAAAUUGAAUCCGAUGUGUCAUCGUCAAAUGUAUCCAAAGCGUCACCAUCACAUUCGAAUUCGAGCAGCAGUGGAGAUGAUUCAUACUAUGAAAAAACAGUUGAAUCAUAUUUGGAAAAUGAUGGCAUUUUCCGUGAUUCGGCCAUCUACAGUGAUGACAAUAACGAAAAACAAUACAUUCGUCCCGAACACAUUUACAGUACCAUCGAAGAAGUGAAACAAGAGGAAAAAAUCAAACCGGCCAUUCCGCCAAAAUUGAAUUUGGCAAAAGUGCAAAAUAUUAUUAUACGUUCAGCACCGCCAUUACCGUCACAAGCACCACCACCACUUCCAGCAAAACCCAUCAUUACACCGUCAGCUUUACCAGCAAAAAUCGGUUUACGCAGCGAACAAACACUUGAAAAAUUAUUGGCAACACCAUUACCACCGACACCGUUCGACGAAAAAUCACAUCCAAUUCAAAAAAGUGAAUCUUCUUCAUCGUCGAAGUCGUCGUCUUCAUUGGACGAUCAAAUCGUACCGUCGGAAUCGAUAAUCACCAAGAAACAAAAAUCAUUAGAUGAAAAAGAAAAACAAGAAGAAAGUGAGCCACCACAAAUGGCACCACCACCCCCACCCGUUCCAGCUCGCAAUUUUACCAACAAAAACUCGUCGUGGGUCAUGAAACAGAUUCAAAAUUUCGAUAAAUAAAACUCAUUUUCGAUGCUUGAGCCGAUUGGAAUUUAGAUUAUAAGAUCGAUAAAAUAUCAGUAAAGAUCGCAAUGGCGAUUAGUUUUAUUGCAAUAAAUUCUAGAAUGAAGUCUAUCCAUGAGCACUGCAAAAUAUAGAUUUAAAUCAGAUAUAUGUGGAUUUCUAUAGAUGCAAUCGAUAAAUGACUAGUCAAACGAAUAUUAUUCGCUUUGUAAUUUGUAUUUUUUUUUCUCUUGAUUUUGACAUAUUUGCACGCUACGUGCGUUUCUCUAUUAGAGAAAUAAAAGGCUUGUCAUUUGAACAUACACAAAAAAGAAAUCGAUAAAUCCAUAAAAGUUCCUCAAUACAUAGAUCAAAUUAUUAUAUAUUAAUCGUUUAAAUUAUGUACCUUGAUUUAAAUCAAAAGUUUACACGAACAAAUUGUAAAAGAGAAAAAAAUAUUGGCAUUUCUAAUAUUUUAAUCGAGUAUUUUUUUACACCAUCCAUCCAAUUAAAGAGAUUUAAUAUAAUUUUAUCUAUAAAUAUAUAUAUAUAUAUAUAAAACAUCAAUUUAUCAAAAGAGAUUUAUUUGAAUGUUUACAGAGAAGAAACGAAGAGAAGCAAUUAUGAAAUCACAAAAUGAACAUUGUGCACUUAUUAAAAGUCCAUCACAAAAAAAAAUGUUUGUAUUUUUUCAUAGAAAAUUGUAUAAGCAAUUUGACCUUUUUUAUUCGAACAAAGGCAUUAUAUAUAUUAGAAUUUCCUUCCAAUUGCACUAGUUCCAUAUAAAUAUUAACACCUCGUGAAUUCUAUCAUACAUAUAGUACAGAGUAUUGUUUUGCAAUUAUUUAAAAAGAAAAAGAAAUAUAUAUUUAUGAAAUUUUUUCUAUACAUUUUUUAUUGUAUUUUUUUGAAAAGAGAAUAAAUUGUGCGCAGGACCAGCUAAAUAUUAAUUGCUACUGUUUCUCAUUUGAUUGUAAUAUUUCAUAUUAUUUGCAAUAUGAAUUAUGCAAAAAUGAUCCAAUUGAAAUUUAAAUUCAGUUCCAGAUCGAAAAAUAACAGAAUGGACACAUUUUGGCAUAUAUACAUUUUAGAAAAGAUUAUUAAUUUUAUUAAAUAUUUACAGAAACCUAUUUAAAAAAAUAUAUAUUUAAAAAAAGACUUGUAUGGAAAAACCAUAAGAAAUCGACGAAACAAUUCUGGUGUCAUUGCAAAAGAGAAAAUAUUUUAUCAAUAGUUUUAACGAAUGAAUGUACAGUACAUUGAUAAAUGAUUUAUGAGAUCGCCUUCUUUUAUACUAAAUAAAAUAAUCUAGCUACUUGACAAAAAAAUCAACGUAUUCGACAACAAAAUAUAAUAAAAAUCCAUCAAAUUAAAAAUAAUGUUUGUCAUUUGCAAAUUCCAAAGUCUUUUUGGACACCGACAAUCAGAAAUAAGCAAUUUUUACUAAUGAAUAUCGC